AUGUCCUCUUCUGAAAACAGUACAAGCUUCUAUGGAAUGCCUCGCAAUUCUAACUCUAAUUUAUCAGUAAAUAGCAAUACUGGGAAUUGUGCUUCUGGUGCUGACAGCAGUUACUUGUAUAGCUACUACAAUAGCACUACGCAAGGCGGUUCGGAAGUGUGUGACGGCCACUGCCUGCAGAAUCCCCACGAAGUGUUCUUGUUGCCCAGUGUCAUUGAUGGCUCGUUAUUGAGGAAGUCAAAGACCAUAUAUGCCUUUGACUAG